ACGCACACACACACACACAUACACGCACAUACACACACGCGCGCGCGCGCGCUGGAGAGGGUCGGCGCAAAAGACUGCACAAGUACAGACCCCAGCGCGCGCGCGCGUGCGUGCGUGUGUGUUCACCAGAAGCCGUGUUUUACCUUUCAUGACUCGGACUCCCUAGAGGCAGAAUGCGCUGAGCAUCCUGAAGCAGAGAUUAGUGUGUGGAGGUCUGAGGUGGCGUGUGUCUCUGCCAGCUGCUUCCCCGCUGCACUGAGACGUGCACGCCGUCCAAACUAACUGACACUCUUCUGUCUUCUGGACGGCGGGGAAACACAGACAAACACACCUGCAAAAUGGCUAAGGAGACAAAAGGCAAAGUGACUUUACGCAAGCACAGCACUUCCCACUGGUGUAUGCAUAACAUCACCCAAGAAUCCAUGGACAGCUCUGAUGAUGAGUUUUUUGAUGCCCGAGAGGUACUCGAGGGGAAGACUGCUAUGCUGUUGGGAAUGAGUCAGUGGAACUCUAAUGACCUGGUAGAACAGAUUGAGACUUUGGGCCAGAUUGACCAGACUCAAGAGAGCUUGUGCCGUGGUGACAAACCUAGGUGUGUCCACCAGAGAAGCAUUGAUGGACUAGAAAUCCUUGAGACCAGAUGUAAGACCCAGGUGCUUGUUUUGGUGGUGCAUGGGGGGAACAUUCUGGACCCGGCCAGUGGUGACCUGCAGGCAAAGGCGGCAGAUGUGGCCAUUCUGUCCUCAGUGCUGGAGAAAGUGGCACAGGCACAUUUUGAAGCUGCCACACACCAGAUACUUAUCAAGCUGGUGCCCUGUCCUGCUGUAUGUGCAGAGGCCUUUUCCCUGGUUUCCAACCUGAACCCUUACAGUUAUGAUGAGAGCUGCGUGUCGAGCAGUGUGGAUCACCUUCCACUGGCAGCACUUCCUCUCCUCGCUAUUGCAGCGCCACACUACCAGGAUGCUGUGGCAGUAGUUAUCGCCCAAGCCAAUCAGGUCUACCACAGCUUCCUGCAGUCCCCUGAAGGACAAGGCUUUACUGGCCAGGUGUGUCUGUUGGGUGACUGUGUGGGUGGCGUGCUAUGUUUUGAUGCACUUUGUUUCAGUAACAGCCCACAACAUGACAGUCCUAGUCACAGAGAGAGACACAGCAGUAUGGAGAGCCUAAGGAAUAACCCCGGGCUACUAGAAGAGGCCAACUUGGGUCUACGCUCCAGUAAGCGUCUCAGCAAAAGCAACACUGACAUCUCAGCCCCUGAUGGGAGUUGUGUGAGGAGGAAACGACUCACUCGCAAACAGAGUGACUCUUGUGCUAUUGACUCCUCCAAGAGCCAGCAGCAGCCAAUUCUCAGCAAUCAGGUUCAGGAUGGAAUAGACCCAAGCCCUGGAGGAAGCAGUCCAGUGAUGAAUCCAGGCCAUUUUGACUUUGAGGUGUCAGAAUGUUUCCUGCUAGGUUGUCCACUUGGACUAGUGUUAGCCAUGAGACGCACCGUACUUCCAUCAGUUGAAGUGACUCAGCUACAGCCUGCAUGCUCUCAGAUCUUCAACCUGUUCUACCCCUCGGACCCAUCAGCCUCCAGACUGGAGCCACUUCUGCAUUCUCUCUUUCACCGACUGCCUCCGUUCCCUGUUUCACGAUAUCAACGCUACCCGCAAGGAGAUGGUCGCUCUACCCUGAUUGCUGAUGACAUCCAUAGCCACCCUGAUGUGUUCCUGGAUGAAGAAACUGUGCCCUCUUUCUCCCCGAGGGUAAAUGACGCAGAGGGAACAGUGAAGCAGGUGGUUGGCAGAGGCCGCAGGGCAAGUCUGACCAGCACAGACAGUCAAGCAUCCGGCUGCUGGGAGAGCAAGCUCAGCUGCAUCACUGCCAACAUCUCCAGUAGCUGGUGGGGGACUAAACGGCUGGACUAUGCUCUUUAUUGUCCUGAUGUAUUGACUGCAUUCCCCACUGUGGCUCUGCCUCACUUGUUUCAUGCCUCCUACUGGGAAUCUACAGAUGUGGUGGCCUUUCUGCUCAGACAGGUGAUGCAUUGUGACUGUGUGAAGGCUCAGGAGGCAGACAGUUCAGACUGCACCUCCUUUUCCCCUUCCAGCCCCAGAGAGAAAUGGCUACGGAGACGCACGCAUGUUAAGCUUAGGAAUGUCACCUCCAACCACAGAGUGAAUGAUGUCAUUGCGACUGAGGAAGGCCCGCAGACUCUGGUUGGUCGGUUUAUGUACGGCCCUCUGGACAUGGUGACUCUGACAGGAGAGAAGGUGGACAUAUAUUUAAUGACACAGCCUCAGUCAGGGCGCUGGGUGCACUUUGACACUGAGGUCACCAACAGCAAUGGCAGAGUAUCCUAUACUAUCCCUGGCAGCAAAAAGAUGCCUGUGGGAGUUUAUCCUAUUAAAAUGGUUGUCAAGGGAGACCAGACAAGUGCAGAAGCUUUCUUAACUGUGUUGCCUCGAGGAAUGGAGUGUGUGGUGUUUAGCAUCGAUGGGUCUUUUGCUGCUAGUGUCUCCAUUAUGGGCAGCGACCCUAAAGUACGGGCUGGUGCUGUGGAUGUGGUCAGACACUGGCAGGACUUGGGUUAUCUUAUUAUCUACAUCACUGGGCGUCCAGACAUGCAGAAACAGAGAGUGGUGUCCUGGCUUUCCCAGCACAACUUCCCCCAGGGCAUGAUCUUUUUCUCUGAGGGCUUGGUGCAUGACCCAUUGCGCCAGAAAACCAUUUUUCUUAGAAACUUGAUUCAGGAGUGUCACAUUAAGAUUAACUCGGCUUACGGCUCCAUGAAGGACAUCUCCGUCUACAGCAUGCUGGGUCUCAGCCCCAACCAGAUAUAUAUAGUGGGCAGACCAUCCAAGAAAUACCAGAACCAAUGCCAGUUCCUCAGUGAGGGCUACGCGGUGCACCUUUCUUCGCUACAGUUUGGCCACCGGGCCCGGGCAAAGAAGACUUCAUCGAUGCGUAUGGUGCUGCGUAAGAGCUCAUUUGGCCUGUCUACAAAGCCGGAUUUCCUGUCUAAGCGCACACACUUGCGACGCACCAUGUCUGUGCAGCAAGCCGAACCUCCCAUGACCUUGAUUCCCAAACCGGAGCGUGCCCAGAGCCAACCAGAGUCCAAUAAAGAGACUGGGGGUAGUGAAGGAGGUGGCAGUGUGAUAUGGGUGCGGGCAGGCAUGCACCGAGGCAACACCACUCCCUGAUCACACAGAAAGCCAAUGGGAUGAGAAAGGAGAAGACAUGGUUUCUCACUAGAGUGUCAUGGUAUUCAGAUGGGCGUUCAUUUGAGGAUUUGAACCUUAUGUGUCCAUCCUUCUGUUUCUCUUCUGCAUCAUCUUCACAUCUAAGCCUUUGGGUGAGGCUCCACAAAUCACAUCUCUGCUUCAAACCUCACUGUGUACAGCUUGCUUCAUCUCCCUGUGGAUUUGACUCAUCAUAUGUUAUGCAAAAUCUGUCUAUUCCUCAACUCUCUUGUUUGAGUCAAGGCAAUAACAGAGGUUCAGCAGAUUUGAAAUUAUCAGUAAGUAGUAAUUGAUUAGUAAUAAUUAUAACCUGGAGGUAUCAGAUUCCAGGUUUAGGACCUGGAGUUUCAUUUUUUUAAGGAGUCAGCAACACAGAGGUAUUUUUGCUUGGCCUUGUGAGGAUUUGGCUUGCUCUCUGACUUUCUUGAGCUUCGCCUCCAGGCAUCCUAUUUCGAGGUAUUCUGUCAGUCUGGUGCCAGGCAAGAGGAGAUUUAUAAGAUUCCAGCAGAAACAUCCAGAUGUCCAAAGCCCAAGGAAAUUUACACAGUUGAAGAGGCAAGCUCAUAACAUGCUGCUUGGACAGGCCUUUAUGCUGGCUCCUGCAAUAAUCCUUCUGUGUAAAUAUUGCAGACUCAACAUUGCUCUCUUGGUAUCUGUCCAUGAGCUGGCUGAAGAGAUGGGGCUAGGCUGACCCAAACCCGCUGUUUCAUGCCACAGCUGCAUAGCCAGUACAGUGCAUAUGCCAGCAUAGAACCUGUGCUAAGAGAAGUGCUAAACUUCCCCAUACCUCUGUGCGAGGUCAUACCUCAUUUCCCAUGUCUCAUGUCUGUUAUAUCAGUAACUGUGGAUUGACUACAAGAUGAGAGGAUUAUCAUACAUCAGUGGUUUCUGUUUCUGUGGCCAAUAUUUUCCUUGAACAAAUAUGUAUUGUUCAUAUCUUCUUUUUAAAACUGUAAUCUGUCCAGAAAACAUGAUUUUCAGAGAUUUAAAAUGGGGGGCAGCUUAAGUGUAUUACAUGUAUUGUGUACAUUUGUGAUAUUCCUCAAUUCCUCACUUAGGUGAAUAUUGUAACUUGCACUAAAUCAAAUUGAUUAUGGUACUAUAGAUGUAAUUGUUUAUGGCUGAAUACAGCAAUGUUUACCAUUCAAAUAAUGGUUUUGUAUUUGUAUUGUGAUAGUGGUUGUUGUUGUUCACAAGGUUGUGAGUGUACUGCCCUGAUAUUACACAAUAAUAAGGUAAUUGUCUAAUCUGAUAUUGAUAUUGUUUACAUAUAAUUGAUUCAUGCAUAGACUUAACACUACAGGCCAAAGUUUGAAAGUAUCACUACUUUGAGAAAGAAAUGGUUAAAUAACAUUGUCAACAUAACAUGGUCAGUGUGAAAAUAAAAGUCCCCAAAAGAGGUUCUUUAGAACUUUUAGAGCCACAGCACAACCUUGUGUGAUUUCCUGAAGACCACUGAGAUAUAUUUUGUUUUUAGCUUGUGUUAGUUUGGCGAAAUUCAUGAGUCAAAAAAGACCUUCAGGAAAUCCUAAUAGUUCUACUGUGGCACUCUGAAGAACGAUUUCUGGCACCUUUAGAUUUAAAGGUAUGAUGGACUGUAAUCAACAAAGACCUUGAGGGCUUUUUGUGUGUAAUACAUCAGAAUAAGUUCAUCACUCUUAGGUUAAACUAGAUGUCAAUAAACAUAUUGGUUGGUAGUAGACUGACAUCAUUUUAAAAUAUUUUUGAAGCUUGAAACAUUCACUGCUUGUUUUCAUAAUGCUGACCUAUACAAUCUCUAUAAAUUAAGAUAAAUAUGACAUCUGAGAUGUUAGUCUCUUGUGUUGUAUUUAGUUGCUUUUUUAUUAAUGAAAACUGUUUCUUCACUGAAAGCUGAAAACUGCAAUGUUUCUUAAUUUGCUUAACCAAAGUGACACUUGUAUAAUGGACAAUGUCCUUUAUAUAGACCACUUAGUGUGGUGUGUGUGUGUGUGUGUGUGUGUGUGUGUGUGUGCAUACAUGCAAAACAACAUGUCUGUGUUGAUUUGAGCUGUUUUGUGUUUAUUGAUUGAAAUGAAGAGCAGUCAUGGUGAACUGUAUUUUCUCUUAUUAUCUUUCCUUACCCAGAGGUCAUGUGAUUGAAAAAUACAGUCUGAAACCGAGCCUGCAGCUUGAGCCUAUGUGACAAAGAAAUUUUAAGAUAGACUUUUGUUUGUAUGAGCUUUUGUGAAGUGUGAACAUUUGUCACUUUCUGAAUUAGUAUACUCAGUAUAUGAAUGUAUUUCCAGCCUUAUUGACGUGUGUAUAACCUUUCAAAGAUAUAGACAUAUCUGUAUAUUCAGAGAAUAUAUUUGUAUUUUAUGCAAGUUAUUUAUUUUAAGAUAUAUUGUUUAUGACAGGACUAAGGUGGUAAAACUCACGAUUGUGGUAGUUGUGGCCAAUAAAAUUGCUUUUGGCUCAGUGUGUGAUGAAA